UCAACACCAUGUCCGAUCACAACCCAAACCCGGACCCAACUUCCCCCGACCCCAUUGCCCGACCCGUCGGCGGAACCGAGUACAGCUGGUGCAAAGCCGUCCCUGUCGGAACCGGCAUAACCGUCCUAGCUCUCCUCCUCACUAAACCCCCAAACCUCCCCCUUCUCCAAACUGCCCUCCACAACCUCCAAAAUUCCCACCCUAUCCUCCGCACCAAGCUCCACUCCGACCCCGCCACCAGCUCCUACUCCUUCCUCACUCCCCCCUCCCCUCACCUCCAAAUCCAGCCCUUCGAUCUCCCCUCCACCGCCGCCAUUCUCCGCCCCCACUCCGCCGUCUCCCCAUUCCGCCAAAUCCUUGAGCACGAGCUCAACCUCAACACGUGGCGCCACCCCGACCCUACUCCCGACUCCGACGUGUUCUUCGCCGCCUCGUACGCGCUCAGCAAGUCGCAGUGGGCCUUCAUUCUCCGGCUCCACACGUCGGCAUGCGACCGCGCGGCGGCGGCGGCGCUGCUGAAGGAGCUCCUGGGGUUGAUCAAAGCCGGAGGAGGAUUAGGGACAGAGAGGGAAUUAAAGGAAAAUGGGGAGGUUAUUUCGGCACUUGAGGAUCUGAUACCGAAUGGGAAGGCGAAUAAGCCGUUCUGGGCGCGUGGGGUGGACAUGCUUGGUUACUCUUUGAAUUCGUUCCGGCUUUCCAAUUUGGAGUUCAAAGACGUGAGUUUGGAGAAGACUUCUCAAAUGGUGAAGUUACGGAUUAGCCCCGAACACACUGAUAAGCUUCUUGCUGGUUGCAAGUCCAGAGGAAUAAAACUGUGCGGGGUGUUGGCGGCUGCUGGAUUGAUUGCCGCGCAUGCCUCUAAGCACCUUCCCGAUCAUCAAUGGGAAAAGUAUGCUGUGGUAACCCUUCUUGACUGCCGUUCUCUUUUAGAUCCACCACUUUCAGCCAAUGAUUUCGGUUUUUAUCAUUCUGCCAUCAUGAAUUCACAUGACAUAAACGGAGAAAACACACUGUGGGAGCUGGCAAAGAGAUGCUACACGACCUUACUCGAUUCCAAAAGCUCCAACAAGCAUUUCACAGACAUGUCAGACCUCAACUUUCUCAUGUGCAAAGCUAUUGAAAACCCUGGUUUGACUCCAUCAUCGUCGAUGAGAACUGCCUUUAUCUCCGUCUUUGAGGACCUAGUGAUGGAUGAUUCUAGUGAAGUGCACCAAGAGCUUGGGUUGGAGGACUACGAGGGGUGCGCUUCAGUCCAUGGUGUUGGCCCCUCCCUAGCUAUUUUUGACUCCAUACGUGAUGGAGGAUUGAAUUGUGCAUGCAUUUAUCCGUCUCCUUUGCAUUCAAGGGAACAAAUGCAGGACUUAAUGGAUCAUAUGAAGAGCAUUCUUGUAGAAGCUGUUAAUCUUGAGAGCUAGGGCUAGAUUAGUUCACUUCUUGAUGAUGAUAAUGAUUAUGAACUUAAUGUUUCCAUACUGCUGCAGCUAGACAAUGUUGUUUCAU